AAUCCUGCAUAAAACGUCGAACAUUCCAUGCAUGCUUAAUCAGACAAAUUCUUAUGAUCAACAUCUAUUGCUAGAAAAGCAGGGCAGAGUAACUAAAUUUAAUGCAGUACAAAAAUAAAACAAGAUGCACUUGCAACUCAUCGCAUCAAGUAAAGUGGUUCGGCCAUAGAGCUCCAAAUUGUGCACGAAAUCCUGCUUCUAAAGGGUGAGUCCGAAUCAAGACAGUUUCGCUGUUUCAGUUAAUUUAUGUAAAUGUUAACAAUGGUAAAGCAUUAAUUUGUUAGUAAUACCGCAUCCAAGGUCCAGAGGAACAACAGCCCAAGUGACGAGAAAAAGAUCUGUUGGGGGCUUAGCUCAAGAAAGUUCCAAGCCGCAAUUCCUCCCAAGACAGCAGCAGCCUGAAUGCCCCUCUCUAUGGAACCCAGAGUGGCGUCCACAGGAGACAAAAGAGAAGAAGUUUCUAUGCCGUUCAAUCUCAACUCGUCUCGCGUGUACAGCCUCUGAGGAAUCUGGGGAGCGGCGCCAAAGCAGCGGAGGCCGCCGGGUUUUCCCUGCAAAUCCCUGACGAGGCCCAAAGCAGCUCUCUCGUCCCCCUUGCUCAGCUCCUCGUCGACUUGCUCCAGAACCCGCCACGCCGCGCCACCGUCACCGCCGGCCCCACUAACUAUCCGGCAACGACGGCGGGAAAGAGACAGCCAUAGCCCACCGCCGUACACCAAGACAUGACUUCCCAUCUGCCCUGAAAAACUCUUCGAUUUCCCAAAAAGUUCUCUUUUUUACGAAACCCAUUUUCUAUGCAUUUCCCUUUUUUUAUAGCCACAUACAGUGGCGGAGGAUAACGUACUUGAGACGCCGUCGUUUCAAGAAAACUAUAAAUAACAAUGGGAAUUUUCCGUCACUUGUAAAUGGAAGUGUGCAUAUCCUCAGUCAAAGAGCCUUCAUCGCCUGCGGUGGUUCGGGUUCAGAAGCUUCGAGCGUGGGCGAGGACGGCGGAGGGAGGCCAGGCCGUGGUGCGACGGCGCAGGGAGCUGAAGAGGGUGGACCGAGAGUUGGAGAAGGGAAAUUACAAGGCGGCGCUGUCCCUGGUUAAGCAGCUUAAGGCUCAUCCCGCCGGCCUCCUCCGUGGAUUCGGUGCCGCAGCCGCCGCAAAGGAUCUUAGACAUGUAUCGGCUUUGAACGAGUUGAAGUUAGCUGGGGAGACUGAAUUAUCAUCUCUGCAGUUAGUAGUUGAUGCUAUACUUCAUUCUAUCACAAGUAGCGUUGAUUUUCAGCUGCAAGAGGAAGAAGCUGAGGUAUCCAUACAAGAUUUUGGGAAAGCAAAGGAUGUUGGGAGUUAUGACUCUAUUCAUGAAGAUCAUAUGAUGUGUAUGCAACACGAAGCUGGUCACUUUUUAGUUGGUUAUAUGAUGGGUGUUUUGCCCAGAAGGUACAAAGUACCGUGUGUAGAGGAUCUACUGCAUGACCCGUUUGCUCGUGGGAAGGUGGAGUUUGUUGGCUUUGAAUUUCUUAGAGAUGUUCGUGCGGAUACCAUGUCGAACAAAAACUUAUUGAAAGGCAGGCCUAAAAAAGAGGUGAGAUCUCAUCCCUUAAGCAAUCAAUCUCUGUUUGGAAUUGUUGCACUAUGCUACAAUAUAACCAUUUUCGAACAUCCAAAAUCUCGUUUCAAACAGACUUUGAGAAAAUUCUGUAUUGUGAUACUCGGCGGCUUGGCAGCUGAGCAUCUGCUGUUUGGGUACUCAGAGUUGCUCCACUCGGACGUUCAAAAGUUGUUCACAGUACUAAAGUGGCUUGGCCUGUCUGAAAAAGAAGCCGAUUACGAAACUAGGCAAGCUGCAGAAGUUGCAGUCUUGAUACUGAGUAGUCAGAGUGAAGCUCAGUCGAGGCUUGCUGAGGCCAUGGCUUUGGGGAAAUCAGUCGGGUUUUGUAUCAACACAAUUGAGACAGCAUUGAACUUGAAACUAUUAACUACUCUCGAUUAGUUUUUUUAUGGUUUGAUCAGUCUCGGUUAGUCUUCUAAUGGCUCGUGCGAUUCUUGAUCAGUUGUAGGCAUUCUGAUUUGGCAUAUUUUUUUUAUUUAUUUUUUUUAUUUUUUUGGUUUGUAAGGUCAGCUAUCUUUGGAACUUAGAAGUUAAAACCAUAUUGGCUGAGUUGNCAGAUAGUC